ACAUUGCACCUCUUCUAAACAAACGAACACGCGCGCGUAUCCACUACGUCAUAGUCCAGCUGGAAACGACGAAAGAAAACGUGUCGUUCUUCGUGGUUUGGAACUUGAAGGGAACACCUGAAAGGCUGAAACCGACUAUCCCCCAAACGCCGCCGUUUUACUCUUCUUCGUCCUUAACUCUCUGUUGCUUUGAAGCUUUCCCGUAUAAACCACAAGGUUCUAGCCCGAGAGGAUCACCAUCCCCACCUAAAAUUCCUUGAUCUCAGUUUUCAGCUUCUCCAAUCUCUCUAUCUCUUGUGCGCUUUGAGGAUUGAGAUGGCGACGGAGCCCAAGCCAGUGACAGAGGUCGCCAAGAUGGAUCUGUUCGAAGAUGACGACGAGUUCGAAGAGUUUGAUAUGAAUGAAGAAUGGGAGGACAAAGAGGAAGGCAAGGAAGUGGCACAGCAGUGGGAAGAUGACUGGGACGACGACGACGUCAACGAUGACUUCUCUCUGCAGCUGAGGAGGGAGCUGGAGAACAAUACUGAGAAGAGCUCAGCUUAAUGGGUUCUUUGCAUUAUGACCUAGUUAGUUGAAGUUGAGAUGGGUUUUCUUGUUAGUUUUCGUUUCAAAACACUAGCUUCCUGUUUACAGACAUAAAACCUUUGCAAUGUACUUUUGUGUUAAAGCCUCAGGAUUUGUGAGCUGAAUUUGAGUUUUGUGUUAAAGCUUCCAUUCAAAAAAAAAAAGACUGCAUUGCAUUUUAUGCUU